AUGGAAAACCCAUCGGAACUUUCCAAUGAGAUUGCUAAAAUGGAGGAGGCGGCCAGAAUAUUGAUGGGAGAAAACUCGCCGCUGCAUCAGAGACGAGAAGCCGAGAGUUAUUUUGUCCAAAUGAAGGAAGCCGGCUUAGAUCCUAAUAUAUGCAGAGUUAUCUUAGGUAAGUGUCGCAGAUUGUUUGACCUAUGCUUGGUAGAAACGACAAGAGAACCGGUUGUCAUGUUUCAAAUUGCCCAAUGUUUAUGCUCUUCAUUGGUCAAGAAUUUUGUUACCUCGAAUAAACAGGAUUUGAUAAACAUAUGCACUUAUAUGCUCGAAAUGCCUUUAAAAUCAAAUCAGUAAGUCGCUCUGUUAAUGAAUGCCAAGAUUAAGGCUGCCUGGAUAUGUCGUAGCAGAGGUGUUGAAGGUGGCGGCCACGUUAGUCAAAAGGGGAAUCAUCGCAAGUGAUCCGUGGGAUGUCGAGUUUGUUUUAGAAUUUAUCAGCAAACUUCUGGACAGCGAGGAAGAAAAUAUGGUUAGUACGAAUUCUCAAUCGUUAUGAAGUGUUUGAUUUAGCAAGCACUUGGGCUCCGCGUUGUUGAAGCCAUAUCCAUCGAAUUCUCAACCAUGUGGAGAGCUUCUUCGAAUAUGGGAUUUGAUUUCCAUCACAAGGCAAAGAGAAAGUUUGAGGUAUGUUAAUUCAUUUGCCUAUUUAGUUUUUUCUUUAGGAGAUCAUGCUUAAGAGGUUUAUGCAAAUGUCCCUAUCUGCCUUGUCGAGGAUUAUUUCCAGUUCGUCAUCAGUAAACGAACGGGUUUGCGAUCGGUUUCUGAAAGUUGCCGUGAUUGUACUACAAUGGAAUUUUACAACGAGUAUUAAAACAGCGUUUCUCAAAGUUAACCUGUACUCCAUGAACUCUGCUGUGGCUCUCCGACCACCUCCUUCUUGGGCCGAUCUAUUCACAAAUGAUGACCUUUUGCCAUUCUUCUUUGGACUUCAUAAGAAAGUACGGCAUAAUUCCCAGCUAGCCGAGAAUUCCUUGUCCUGCAUUACUCAACUAGCUGCCGUCAUGGGAAGUUGUUUAGACAACAGAUCCAAGGAGAAAGUGGCCGGAGUUCCUCAACCCCAUGACUUAUAUGUUCAAAGGUUUUGCAGCAAUCUUAUAGAAACAUUCCAGGAGUAAGUUAUUUACUUAUGAUUGUACACCGCUGGUUUAAUUUGGACUGGUCUGAAACUCAAAAACGGGUCUUCAACAAGUUUUUUGUACUGUCGCAAAAUACUGAUUUGUGGCACAAAAAUUUGCAUUGCUUUAUCACUUUGCAUUUUCACAACUAUGCUUGAGGGAGAAGCUUCAUUCGGUUUAAAUUAGCUUUAGCGUCAGCACUGUUCAUUAUAUGUUUUAUCGGGGAAUGUAAUGAAGUAUGUAUUUUUUCAUGAAAAUAUUUGCAUCGCUGGGGGAUUUACGAUUUUGUUUUUGCAUAAAAUGUAUGCGAUGUAUCCGGGUAUGCCAGACCGAAUGAAGGCUGAAUAUGAAAAGAAAAAUAUGAACAAUAUGAAAACUGGGUUUCCGUUUUUUUACUGCCCGGGGUCAUUUGGCAACUUUUUGAACUUUUUUCGACUUUAUGUUACGUAAUCUUAUACACCUCUAUAUUUUUCGAAAUUUCGUCUAGACAGACCAAAAUUUGCUAAAUUAUAUAUUCAUUCAGCAUCUCGGUUCAUAUUCAGUCAGGCAACCUAUAAUUGUCUUCUCUUAGUUGUUUCCCAUAUGAGGUGCUUCCGUUUACAACGUCGCUUCAUCGGAUCUUUAGUCAUCACCCAAUGCCAAUCUUUAAGAGAUUUCCCGAUGACCUGAUGGGAAGCUUUGUUAAUUUCAUUGUGUAUUGGUGUGGACAACUGGCUCAACCAUCUAUGAUGGAGGUAACUGCUUUUAAAAGAUACGCUUUGGUUUUUUAUCGCAUAUCUUUUUGUUUUUUGCAGCAGAAAGAUGACGAAAGUGUCUUGGUUGAGGCGUAUACUCAUUGUUUGACAUGCUGGGGCAUUCUUCUUCGAUCUUGUCCAACAUUUCCUAAGGCAUCGCAUGAUUUGAUUGAAGCUGAAAAUUCCAAAGUGAUUGAGUCGUUCCUCAAAGCAAUCCUGGCUCCGCCUUUUGGAUCUAGAAGUAUUUCGGACGACGACGCUGCUGAUAUGGAGGAUGAGGAGUUGGACGACACACAGUAUUACAGUAUUAUUCUCAACAAUGUCGGCGUCUUCUGUCGUCUUUCUAUUGAUAGUUUCUCUGAGUUUGUGAUUAGGUAUGUCUGCAUUUCUGCAAUGAUGUCGUUUUAAGGGUGUUUCAUGAGCGUAUCCAACAACGAACUUUAAUCAUGUCUGGCCAGAUAUCAGAGCAGGAGAGAAUUUUAUGGCUGGAGGAUAUUCAUUGGAUUUUGUUAAUGGUCGGUAUGUUAAACUCGUUAAAAUUGUAUGGUCGAUUUAGGCUCUUUCUUCCAUGACUCUGACCGUGAGAUCUAUAUGUACCUCGAACGUGGAUACUCCUCCAAGAAGUUUCAGCUACUGGAUAUGGCUACGUUUAUUCUACAAUGCGCUUCCAGUGAUGAGUUCCAACCACCCGAAUCUACAGAUAAUAUCUCUAUGUAAGGCAUACACACCAUUUUUAUAAAUUUUUAGAAUCAUCGGUCUGGUAUGUCACUGGUUUGGCAUCGCUUAUAGAUCUCUGGACACCGAAGGAGACAAGAGUAGAAUUGUUAGUGCUGAACUGUAUCGCACCAGUUUCCUAACCUUCUCCGUCCUAAUUAAUUUUCUGACUAACCUUAACGAUGAAACUCCAUCUCAAUUCUUCGAGGACGCUGAUCCGAAUUCGUCUGCUCCGAUGCCUGUUCUUCCAUCGAAUGGAGAGUUUUCAGUUCAACUUAUCGACUUUAUCAUAAAGCAAAUUUUUACUGCCUUCAAAACCUUCCCAGCCGAGAAAAAGUGAGGAUAAUUAACAGAAGGGAUAACUGCAAAAAUGGGUGAUGCGCGGUUGGGUGGCGAGUUCCGGUGAUCCGGCCUUUGGGUGUUGCGUAUUUGGGUGGCUCGCGUACAGUAGAAUAUGGUUGUGUUUCAAAAUCUAGGGGCAAUUUCCAAAAUAACGUUAAAAAUCGGGGAAGGAGUUAUGAACCCCAUUACCACUUGCCUGGGUCAAAUACGCCACUGAUAACCAACGAAAUUGUUACCUCUGUUUAGACUAUGCAACGCGGCCGUCGGUCUCCUUCUGCAAGAAUCGGAAAAAAGGGCCGAAUUCAUUGCGAAGAGUCCUCUGCUUUAUGAAUUGAUAUCCACCAUCACGUUAGAACGUCUUCCAGCAAGGAGGAAUUUCAUGACCUGUCUGGUUACCAUUGGAUCCAAUGUAAACUCUACUCGAGAACGAGAGCAAAUGCAUGAUAUGGUAACGAGUAUAAAAGAGUUCACUUUAAUCCUGGUCUUUUAAGAUACUUAAACCAAUGGCAGCCCGAUUUAUGGAGGCGUCGCAGCAGUAUUUCGCUGGAAACAUGAACAUCAUACCUCAUCUUGUUGAUCUGCUUGAAUGCUUUAGUGGCAUUGCAAGAGCUGCUCAGAUUGAAAGUGGUUCUAUUCUCUAUGGUAUGCUAUCGUAUGAAUAUAAAGAGUUUUAGAGUUUCUAUUACCAAUAUUAAGAGUGUCUUGCAAUAUGAUAAGGAUUGCCGUUGACUCGCAACUAUUGGUCGAAGCUAUCCUCGAUGUUUUCCACAAGGUUGCCACUACUGUCUUUGUUUUUAUGGAUCUCAAGAAUAACGGAAGUGAAGAAGAAAACAGCUUUAUCAUGUUGUUGAUGGAAUUAUUGGACAACUAUAAGGAAAGCCAGAUGAGAAGAUUCAACAGAGGGCGGGCAUUUGCUGAUCUAGAGCAGGAGGAACAGAUUGCAGACUUAGUAAUGCUUCUGAAGAUUAUUUCAAACACGAUUUCUAAGCCUUACAUUAUGUACGGUUCCCCCAGUGACGUGUCGGACCAUUUAUCAUUGCCUUUAUGUCAGAAAAGUGGGUUUUAGUUAAGGAUCGUAAUGAAAUUUAUUUAGCUCUGAACAUGAUGUUGCCUUUGAUGUGCGAAGACUGUUUGCAAUUACCCUCUUUAAGCGGUGCUUUCUUCCGCCUUCUGCAGCACAUCACGGAAUGUUGCCCAACGGUGUUCUUGUCUCUCGAUGAGCUGAAUGUAAAUCAAUUGUUCGUCUGCUUCUCGUGGGCAUUAAGUGGAGCUGCCUCAACUGAACCUACUAGGUUGACCCUCGACUGUAUUGCAACCAUAACUAAGACGCUGUCCAACAGCACAGAUACAGCAAACGGAGGUUUUACCGUAAGGAUGUUCAAGGAUCUAUGUGGGGUAAAUAUUGCUUUUUCUCAAAGUAAACAAUGGAAAACAUUAUAUAGCAUUUUAAUACUUGCAGAAAAGCUUUGAAAUGGCUGUUCACUCGACAGCCGAAGUGGAACUUCACGGCAGUGCAAUUAAAGCGGUGUUCGGGUUCAUCGCUCUUAAUAAGGUAAGGCUCCGUCUGAUGUAGUAUAAUUUUGUGUUUAGAGCUUCUUCAUGGAAUAUGUAAACUCGGUUAUAUCUCGCCCAGAGAAUGAAGCUAAGCGGGAGUUUGCGGUAAAAGCUUUUAUGGAUCUGAUCCCUCAGAGCGAGAGUCUUAAUACCCGGCAAGAAUAUAAAGCCUUUAGCGACCGAUUCGAAAAGUUCUUGGAGAUAGCCGACACACUCAUCAUCUAG